AUGUCGACGGAAGACGACGUUGGCUCGACGCCGGCGCCAAGUGCCGGAAGUACUCAUCGUGGUUCACUGUGGAUGAGCAUGGGUUUCGUAUCGAGUGAUGAUUCCAGAAGACGUCGAAUGAGCAAGAAGCGCGAGAGCAUCGAAUUAGCUUCGCUGGCUCCUGGGACGCGUGUCAUGUUCCUACUGAAGGAGAAGGAUGACACGCCGGCCUUGUUCACCGAAAUGGGUGAGCUCGGUGUGAACGAGUGGCGAGAGACAGCUCGAUGGGUCAAAUUCGAGGAAGACGUCGAACAAGGGGGAAAUCGGUGGUCAAAACCGCAUGUCGCCACUUUGUCUCUGCAUUCGCUGUUCCAGCUAAGAAGCUGCUUGUUGAACGGACUUUUCCUCAAUGAUUUGCCGCACAGUGAUCUACCUGCAAUCAUUGAGGCGCUCAUCGAUGAAUUUGUUAAAGAAGGAGAUUUGGAAGAGGACAUGCGAGAAGAGCUACGAGAAAUCCUUAUGCGAAAGCACGUUCACCAAUAUGAGCAGGCCAAGAAGAACGGGCCAAAUGGUGAUAAGAGCGGGUUCUUGAGCACUGUACGUUCGAUAUCAGAUAUUGGAAAGUCGUUUUCACAUGGAAAAAAUCUGUCCAAACUGGAGAAGGAACAACCGCCAAUUGGUCCGCAGUUGGAGUUGCCAAAGGUGGAAUCAAUGCCACGAGAUCUCAGCAAGGAUGGUUCGUCAGCAGACAUAAGCAAAGGCAACACACAUUUCAUGAAGAAACUUCCGCAUGGUGUUGAAGCUAGUAAUGUGCUGAUUGGAGAGGUCGAUUUCCUGCAACGCCAUAUAUGCGCGUUUGUCCGCCUAAAGACGGCUAAUGUCCUUGGAGAUUUGACUGAGGUUCCUGUACCAACCAGAUUCAUAUUUCUGAUGCUUGGUCCCACAGGUCAUGGACCACAGUACAAGGAAAUCGGAAGAGCCAUUGCCACUUUGAUGGCUGAUGAGAUUUUCCAUGAUGUUGCAUACAGAGCUCGUAACAAGGAGGAUUUACUUGAUGGUGUGGACGAGUUCUUGGAUCAAGUCACAGUGUUACCACCAGGUGAGUGGGAUCCAACUAUACGUAUUGAACCGCCCAAUCAGAUUCCUUCGCAGGAGAAAAGGAAGCAGAUUGGACAAGAAUUAUUGCUAGAAAAUGUGGAGUUGUCAAAAGGUAAAACGUCUGGCAAAGAUGAGCCGGAAGAGGAGGAAGGUCAUGGUAAUGAUCCUGCUCUUAAACGAACUGGCCGUUUGUUUGGUGGUUUGAUAUUGGACAUUAAGCGUAAGGCGCCUCAUUAUGUAAGCGACUUCACAGACGCACUGAAUCUACAAUGCUUGGCUACAACGUGCUUUAUGUAUUUCGCCUUAUUGGCACCAAUUGUCACCUUUGGCGGAUUGUUGGAGGAAGCAACCCAUCAACGAAUGGCGGCCAUGGAAAAUCUAUUCGGAGGGGCCAUUUGUGGAGUGGUAUACCAUCUAUUCGCUGGACAACCACUCACGAUCAUCGGGUCAACCGGACCAGUACUUGUGUUUGAAACGAUUGUCUACGAUUUCUGCUUGCGACUAGGAAUACAGUACCUUAGUUUUCGUUUCUGGGUACACGUUUGGACAGCGUUCAUUAUUUUCCUAAUGUGUAUUACAGAUGCUAGUUCUCUGGUCUCUUAUAUCACACGCUUCACAGAAGAAUCAUUUGCUACUCUUAUUGCGGUCAUUUUCAUCUAUGAGGCAAUUAUGAAACUGUGGAAGAUCAAAAGUCAACUGGACGUGAUCAACUACAGUCGUGAUGUAUUCGGUGGAACUUGCUUCUGCCAGGCACCAAUGGGAAAACCAUCCGUAUCGAUUGAGAAAGCAGGCGAUUACAUCAGCAGAAAUGGACUUUCAGUGGCGUAUAAUUCAACAUACAUAGAUUACAGCGCGGCUACUCUCGAAAACUGUAGAUUCAUUGGUGGGACAUUUGGUGGAACGUCUUGUUAUGCAAUGUACGAUAAAUUGCUCAUGUCGAUUCUUCUGACGAUUGGAACGUUCUUCUUGGCCAUUACUUUCAAGAAAAUGCGUAAUUCUUGCUACUUCCCGUCACGCAUACGACAACUGUUCAGUGAUUUUGCUGUGAUGAUAUCCAUUGUGAUCAUGACUUGCAUCGAUAUGGCUGUAGGCAUUAAUACUCCCAAAUUGAAUGUUCCAAGCUCGUUCCGCCCAACUUGGGAUGGACGUGGAUGGUUCAUUCCACCUUUCGACGGCAAUCCUAUCUGGACGGUGCCGCUUGCAGCUCUGCCGGCGCUACUGGCCUGUAUACUGAUCUUUAUGGAUCAACAAAUCACUACAGUUAUCGUAAAUAGAAAAGAGAACAAACUUAAAAAGGGAUGCGGAUAUCAUCUGGAUCUCCUAGUUCUCGCCAUUCUUAUACUAAUAGUCGGAUUUUUGGGACUACCGAUCUAUGUUGCUGCUACCGUACUCUCGAUUAACCACAUCAAUUCGCUCAAGGUCGAAAGCGAAUGUAAGGCUCCCGGAGAAGUGGCACAGUUCGUCGGAGUACGAGAACAGCGAGUGACUGGUAUCAUUACGUUCUUGGUGAUUGGGCUUUCCGUAUUGAUGACUACAUUUCUUGGACGAAUUCCAAUGCCUGUACUUUACGGAGUAUUCCUUUAUAUGGGCAUAUCUGCACUAAGCGGUAUCCAGCUGUUUGAUCGCAUACUCCUAUUGUUGAUGCCGAUGAAGUAUCAGCCUGAUACCAUCUACAUUCGUCACGUGCCUAUAAAGAAGAUCCAUCUGUUCACAGCUUUCCAAGUUGGAUGUCUGGCCGUUUUAUGGACAGUGAAGUCGAUCAAAGCAACAUCAAUUUCAUUUCCUAUUAUGUUGGUUGUGAUGGUUGCGGUACGCAAACUUAUGGAGAAAUUCUUCACUGUGACAGAUUUGAAAUAUUUGGAUGACCCAAUGCCAGACUUCCAUCUAAGAAAGAAGGAGGAUUUGAAAAGAAGACAAAGCGAAGGCGAACCUGUUGACAUCGAACUGGAAGAGAACCAGGCAACGAUUCAUGCUGUGAAGACUGAAGCUCAUCUGCACAUUCCAAUGGCCAGCGGAAAUGUUAUCAAGAUCCCUUUGGCAGCAAUUCAAGAACCGAGCCAUUCAAUCAAUAUGACCAAGGAAGUUAACAGCAGUGGCAUGUGGAAACACAUCAGUUCACGUGACUCAAGGAAUUCGCUUAAUAAAGAGAUGCCCAAAAUGUCUCAUAAUGAUGCGCCGUUGGAAACUCCGGAAGAAGAUGAAGACGCCAUCAUGAUCAAGGUGAUUCGCCCAUCACCUCAUGGAUCAUCCACAAAUUUAUCGGAAAGUCAACCGCUGUUGAAGGGUAAGGAGGACGACAAAUCUCCGCCUGUCUAG